AUGGCCGGCAUAUUUCUUCGCAAUCGAGCCCUCUUUGCCGUUAGCUUCCUCGCCGCGGCCGCCACCACCAUGGCGUUCAAGUACAAGUCCGACGCCUACCGCUCCAACGAGAUUGCCCAGCAGCAGCGCAAGGCCCCCAACGGCUAUGUGAGCGUCGACCGAAGCGGUGGCGGCAUCUAG